AUGGAGUUGAGAAGUCGUACGUGUGUGUGGUUCGAGUCUAAGAUGCCAGAAAUGCGUUGGAGACAUUUGUCACUGAUUGAUUCUUGUAUAUCAGCACAUGUGGUUGUGAUUGAUUGUGAACUGUCUGAGGUGCAAAAAAGAGAGGAAAAAGAUAAGCGAGAUUAA